AUGGGUUGUCACCGGCCUCUGGACAUCGUGGCAACCCUGCGCUCGUCCCACUCCCCUCCCAGCUCUCAACCGCAAACGACUCGCCGUCGACCGCCUCAAUCUGGAUCUAUCAAUUCCUCAAAGCCGUGCGCGAUAAAGAAGGGAAUGCGCUCCGCAAUUCGCAUAUCGUGGGAUUCUUCCGCAGGAUAUGCAAAACUUUUGUUUCAUGGCAUUAAACCUGUUUUUAAAGAGGAGAGAGAGGGGAGGAGGGAAGAUGCUGUUAGGACUGCAGGGAGGCUUUUGGGGGUACAGAUGAAGAGGAGGGCGGAGGAGGAAGAUAGUGAGAGGAAGAGGAGGGAAAGGGAAGGACGAAGCAGACCUGUUGAAGAUGAAGAGGUGGUGCCGGAAGAGCAAUUGGCAUAUGUGGAUGAGAUAGGGAUGUCGGAGCAACAAGUCCAAACGACCCGGAAAUUAUACAAAAAGGACGCAUAUCAUUUACCUGAAUUGACAAAUGGCAUAGAAGUGGACUUGGUGUCUGAAUCUGAGGAAGAUGAUUUCGAGGAUGUUCCUGUUGAAGGAUUAAAUCGGUUACCGAAAGCCAAAGACGAUGGGAGGAACAUGACUUAUAGUGAUUUUCAAGCCAGAGAAGUUGCUGAAAGAAGGAAAGAGUACUCCAACUCGAGGAGAAAAUCGAAUUCAAAACCUACACGAAUGCCAUCUGAGGAUCCGGAUUCGCUCUUCGUGGAUGAUGAUGAAGAUAUUAAUCGCGCGAUUGCUAUGUCAUUACAAAAAGAUCAAGAUGAGGAUGUAGGACUUGACGAGGAGGAUCAUAUAAAUCGAGCCAUUGAACUAUCACUCCAAAAGGCUAUGGUCAGGAAGAAAGCGGAAGAAGAGGAAGAAGAUCUAUUUGAGGAUGUACCAAUGCCAGAAUAUGAGCAAAAAGCAGUAGCAGAUGCUAGACCUCUCACUAAGUCUAGUGGAAAAAUGAUUGCUCAUAUGGUUAAUAAUAGAGCUAAUGCUGCUGUGCCGAAACGGAAAGAAGAGACUGAGAAGGUGGAUAGUGAUAGUGAUAGUGAUAGUGAUAUGGAUUUUCAAUCCGCAUUGAGGAAAGCAAGGUCACAAAAGGCACCGGAAAAUUCAAAUCAUCUUUUAUUCGGCAAGAAGAAACCAGAAGAGUUAACUGGAGAGCCACUAGAGGAAGAUGAAGAGGAACUGGCUGGUGGCUUCGAGAAAGAAGAUGAAGAAGAAAAGGCGAAACCAUUACCUCCUUGGUUAAUUGGCAAUGAUGAUAUUAGAUCACAAGUACAACAGCAGCGCAAGAAAGAUCAAGAAUUGAACGCGAAGGAUCGCGAAAGAGCAGAAGAAGACGAGAGGAUUUUUCAACGUGAUCACGGGGUUAUUCAUGUAGACUCUGAUGAUGAUAAUGAUAGUGAUGUUGAAGUUUUGGACAAAGCGCCCACGCCUAAUAUUGCCGAGAAUAGUAUGGAUGAUUUGGCGGAAGCUGUUAAAGCUCAACCGCCGCUGUCUGAUGUUCCUCGGGAUCGACGGCCAUCGGCAGAACCUCGUGCGGAAGAUGGUUUAAUAGAAGAGUCUGAUGAACCGGUAGAGUGGUCGGAGAGUGAUUAUGGGGACGUUGCUCCCAAGUCUAAUAAGGCUUCAGGAUCCAUACCUCCCGUUGAAGAGAGCCUAGAUGUGUCUUCUUCGAAAUCAAAAUCACCGUCUCCUGUUUUCGAAGAUGUGGAUCUUCCUGAUGUUCAAGCAACUGAACCUACACAACUAUCAACUUCUGCAAGAAAAAGUCCGACUCCAGUGUUUGAAGAUGUUCAAAUGGCAGAUGCUAUAUCUACCUUGCCAUCUGGACCCACUGUAUCCGACAAGCCACCCUUUGACGAUGCAUAUGAUCGUCAAGAAGCUGAAGCGAUUCCAGAUGAAUUCGAUUUUAGCGAUCCGGAAGAAGAAGAACUAAUGACCCAACUCGCUAUCGAAGCAGAAGAACAUGCUCGCUUUGCCAGUACCCUAAACAACAAAUCCGAAAAAGAAAACCAUGAUUCAUACGAGCAAGAACUCAAAAAAUUGCGAAGUCAACAAAAGAAAGAUCGUAGAGAUGCAGAUGAGGUAUCUCAUAUCAUGAUCACAGAAUGUCAAGCUCUACUCCGUCUUUUCGGUAUUCCUUACAUCACCGCACCAAUGGAAGCAGAAGCUCAAUGUGCUGAGCUUGUCCGUCUGGGUCUUGUAGAUGGCAUUGUGACUGAUGAUUCGGAUAUUUUUCUUUUUGGCGGGACGAGAGUUUACAAAAACUUAUUUAAUUCCAAUAAGCUCGUGGAGUGCUCAGAUUACACGGAAGGAAUUCCAGGCAUUGGACCCGUCACCGCUGUGGAGAUACUCUCGGAAUUUCCAUCCCAUGCCGGACUUGAAGAAUUCAAAGAAUGGUGGUCCCUCGUUCAAAAUCCUCUUACGACCCCUCCACUCGCAAGCGAGCCAACACUCUUCCGCAAAAAGUUCCGUCGUUCACAAGCGACGAAACUCUUUCUACCCCCCGCAUUCCCGAGUCAGGCGGUUACAGAAGCAUAUCUCAAACCGGAUGUUGAUAGUACGGCCGAGGCUUUCCAAUGGGGAGUCCCAGAUCUAGGACAACUGAGAGAAUUUUUGAUGACCACGGUGGGUUGGAGUCAAGAACGGGUGGAUGAAAUUUUGGUGCCGGUGAUUAGGGAUAUGAAUCGACGGGAGACGGAGGGGACGCAGAGUAAUAUUACGAGAUACUUGAGGGUGGUGUUGGGGUGGGUGGAGUGGGAGGUGGUGGGGGGUGACAGUAGGGAAAAAGGAAGCAAGAGGAUGAGAGAGGCGGUGGGGAAAUUAAAGGCGAAGAAGAAAGGUGGAGCGGCGAAUUCGUUGAAGGAUAGAGGUACCUUUGCGGAUAAUGCGAGGGAGUGGGCGAAGAAGAAUGAAUUGAGUGUGGAGGCGCAAGCGAAAAGAGAUGCGAGUAAAAAGGGGAUGGGAAAGGGAAAGGGAAAGAAAAGAGUGGUAGAGGAGGUGGAUGGGGAUGAGGGGGGUGAAGAUGAAGAUGAAGAUGUGGAUGCUGAAAUAGAUAACAAUGAAGCAGAUGAUUAUGGUGAUGAUGAUGAGGAGGAGGAGAAGGGAGAGGGUUCAAUAGGUUCUAAACCUAAAGCAGUGGGUUUGGAGAGAGGAAAAGGAAAAGGAAAGUCAGUGGAAGGGGAAGGGAAAGAGGAAGAGGUAAUGGAAAAGCGACGGGGCAAGGGGUCAAAAGACCGAAGAUCACGGAAUGAAUUCAUAUAUGUAUGA